AUGGUAAAAUUUGAAGAAUUUUAGAAACUAACACCAAAGGAAAAGAAGAAGGCGAUGGCAGAAUUACAUGAUUUGCGUGGACCUACUUAUUAAAUUUUUAAAGAGAAGCCUGAAUCCAAAACACAACUUUGGAAUAUAUUCAGUCCCAAAAUAUUUUAUUUGAUUUAAUAUAUGGACCAUUUCUUAAGAUUCAUAAAUCCCCACGUCUUUUUGGGAUGUGUGCAGUUCUUGCAAUUACAAACAUCUAAAGAAAACGAAGCUCUUCUAGGCACAAGACUUUUUGAAAGACUAAGAAAAAUAGGUGUGCCAUAAGAAAAAAUUGAUUAAAUCAUGCAGCAAGACAAUUUAAAUGGGAAACUCUCCCAGGUUUCAGAAUUACUUAGACUGAGAUCAAGAGCACUUGUAGAUUACGUUCAAGAAAAUUUAUGGACUGUGGAAGAAGCCUACUAAGCUUUAAUAAUAUUAUUUGAUCAAGGAGAAUAUGAGAGAGCUACAGAGAUUGUUGAUAAUCUGUAUCCCUGUGUGGAAGCAACUGAGAAGUUAAAUCAUUUGAGAAACGGAUUCCUAUGGGCUAGAUUAAAUUGCAAAUUAAUUGGUCUUUUUAAGAACAACAACAACGCUACAGCCUGUAUCGAAGCAAUCAAAGACUUAUUAAAAUAGGAAGAUCAAAUAAAAUAUAAUUUCAAACAAAGAGCUGAUCUCUUACACGCUGGAGUUUUGGUUUGUUUUAUAUCUGACGAUACAAAUGCAUUCCUAGAACUCUUCUCAGGUGAUUAAUUCUUAGAGGUGGUUCACACCAUUGCUCCCUAUUUAUUAUAUUACUAUGCAGUGGCUUUGUUGAUAAAUUAAUAGUUUGUUGGUAAUACUAGUCUCGCCUAAAUUGGUGCCAAUGCUAGUAAGUCAGUUAUGCAUUUUCAUUUAUUGAAUUAUGUUGAGGAAAUUAUUGUUAAAUUUCAAUUCGACAAUGCAAUCAAGAUGGUGAAUGAUAUUGCAACUGAAAUCGAUAAAGACUUUAUUGUGAAAUCCAAAAAGGCCAUCAUCAUUAAUGCAUGCAAACUGUAUUUCUUUUCAACUUACAUCAAAAUCUUAAAUGGAGUAUAAAUUAAGCAAUUUUCGAAUUAUUUAUAACUAAAUGAAGAAGAAACUGAAUCAUGGUUGGUUAAUGCCAUUAGAACCUUAAAUAUUAAUGCCAAAAUAGAUGGGGAUAAAAUAAUUGUGUAAAAAUAAGAUAAUAAUGCAUAGAACACACAAUUAUUAAAAUAAUUAAGAGACUUACAACCAAAAUCGAAUAUGUUAAUAUCAAACCUUUAAAGGAUUAUUAACAUUAAGUGAAUCAUGUAAAGUAUAGUAAUCAAUAACAUAAUAUAGUU